AAGAGGAAAAGGUGAUCCAGCCGUCCUUUGCGCAGAUCAUGUUCACGUGGUGGACGGACAAGCCGCCGAGAGAGAGCAACAAGAAGGACAAGCCCGAGAGGAACGAGCAGCCUCAUGACUGGGAUGCAGCCGAGCUGCUCACUGUCCUCCUCUGGUCGGGCGGCACCUUCGCAGUCCUGCUGUGGAUUGCAAGCUACCUCAGGCGGCGGGACGGUGGCGACAAUGCAGCUGACUCAUCAUCGCCACGGCGGCUGCAGGAGGAGACCUUCACCUUCCUCAUGCGGCUGCUGUCCUGCUCGCAGGUCAAGCACGUCACCUACCGGGGCGACGCCAUAUACUUUUCCGACUUCAGAGGCCGCAAUUAUGGUGAGUGAGAAGAUGGCUGCACACCCCCAUCCCAACAAAGGCCAGAGUUUUCCUAUGUUUUGUUGUGUGCGUGUGUGCGUUGUAGUGACUGGGACCGUCCCUGGCGCCGAGAGCAGCCUCUAUGACGAGAUCAGGUACGUGCAGCCCAUCAUUCCUUCAGCCAUCGAACCAGCCAUCGCAUUGAACUCUGCGUGUGCUUUGAUGAAGUCGGAAGGUUCCCGUGGUGCUGUCGGUCCCGAUGUCGUUGACGCAGCCCCGGGAGGCCCUCUCGCCCAUGUCGCUAAUCUUCGAGGGCCUCUCCCUCCUCAUAACACUCGGCGGGCUCCUGUGGAUACUCGGGUGAGUGAGUGAGUGAGUGAUGACACACCGCAGACACCGCGGCCCUGCCCGGAUCACCCUUCGCAUCUUUGCGUGUGUGGCAGAGAGAGGGGCGGCUGGAUGAACCAGUUCAAGGGCAGGAGAUUGGACAAAAGAGGUGAGAGUUGGAUGACAAGCAUGAGGCAGAAACGAUCGAUGAGUAUGGCGGCAAACGUUUCUGUCUUCUCCCUUUCGCACACCACACACGUACUGUACAGAGCAUUCCUCGACUCAGAAGGUCGUUACCUUUUCGGACGUCGCGGGGCACCAGAGGACCAAGGGCGAGAUGCAGCAAGUCAUCGAAUUCCUCAGAGACCCCGACAGGUGGGUGGGUGCCUAUAGUCAUCUUCCACCACCUACACACUCACACACAGGCAUUCAUCCAUCCAUCCCUCCAUGGUAUCGCAUCAGCUUUUCGGCUCUCGGCGCGCGUGUGCCGCGUGGCAUUUUGCUGGAGGGCCCAAGUGGGACGGGCAAGACGCUGCUCGCGAGGGCGGUGGCGGGGGAGGCUGGGGUGCCUUUCUUCUAUGCGACGGCGAGCUCGUUCGUGGAGAUCUAUGUGGGCCAGGGGGCUGCAAGGGUGAGGGAGUUUUUUGACAACGCUCGCAAGAACGCCCCGUGCAUCGUCUUUAUAGACGAGAUCGACGCUCUGGUGAGUGAGUGAGUGAGGGAGGGAGGGAGGGACCAUCCAUCCAUCCAUCCGUCUGUCUGCCCGGUCAUCCAUCGACUGUCCGUCUGUUCUGUCUCGCUCUUGCCUGUCCUCUCCUGUCCUGCCUGACCUGCCUCUCCUGACAGGGUGUGGAGCGCAAGAUGCUGGCGGCUGCGUCACAGGAAUACGUCCAGACGCUCAACCAGGUGAGUGCGGCACUCCUGUCUGCCCGGUCUGUGUGGAUGUGUGGUGCUCCCCCCUCCCUCUCUCCCUACCUCAGCUGUUGAGCGAGAUGGACGGCAUCGAGAGGGACUUCUCCCUCCACGGCAACUUUGUUGUCGUCAUGGCCGCAACCAACAGGUAGGAUGCAUCCAGCAAGGGAGGAAAUGGGGCUGCUGUCUCUCUUUGUAUGUGUGUCUGUCUGUGUGUGUGUGCACAUCAGGUAUGAGGUGCUCGAUGAGGCCCUGACGCGUCCAGGUCGGUUCGACCGAGUGGUCACCGUCAGCAUGCCCACACUCACCGAACGAGCCGGUCAGUCAGUGAGUGAGUGAGUGGGAAGACACACAGACACCACACCGACACCACACAGACACCACACAGCACAGCACAGAGAGAACAACACAAGACACACACUCAAUGUUUGUUGGUGUGCUGUCGUCAUAUGUCAGAGAUAUGCCGCAUCCACUGCGAGAGGAAGCGCCUGUCGGGCGACGUGGACCUGCUGCAGAUCGCCAACCUCACUGAGGGAUACACAGGUACCACACCACCGACACCACUGCACACCACACACCCAUGACAUGACAUGGAUGCAGUCCUUCCUGUCCAUCCAUCCAUCCAUCCAUCUGACCGUUGUGUGUCCACCACAGGGGCAGAGCUGGAGAGCCUCUGCAACGAGGCAGCACUUGCAGCGGCCAGGGAAGGUAUGCAUAUAUGUGGGCAAGCCAGCGACUGACGUGUCAGACUGUGCGCGCGCGUGUGUGUGGCCCACCCCCUGACCCACCAGGUGCAGGUGCGAUGACUCAGGAGCACCUUCUGCGCAUGGUUGAUGAGUUCCUGGCGCGGAAGGUGCGGGUGCAGGCGGGGAAGGAGAUGGAGAUGCUCAACAGCUGGAGGGCAGCCACCAGACGGAGGCACCCGAGCGGGCGGGACUUUAUGGAUGGACAGGACUGAUCGGCUGUUAAGCCAACCAUGCCAUACGUACAUGCCACCCAUGACAGCUUUUCUCUCCGCUUAUCCACACACACGGACCCGGAGAGGGGCAGAGAGGAGGCAGGGAGCUCGAGGCAGGCAGGCAGUGAGGGCGCGUCAAUGGAGGAGUGCACAACGGUUGGUUGGUUGUGGAGCACUCACUGUAAGAGCGGGUUGGUGUGUUCGCAAUCGAUGUGCCAAUGAGUGAGUCGAUGGAUCAGGCAGGUCCCUCGUCGAGCUGUAGUUACUAGACUAGCCUGCAUGUCUUAUAUCACACCAUGAUCGAGUCCGCCGUGAGAGACAAAGAUCGUUACGUACACAUCGGUGUUGCCUGCACCUCAGUCACCUCACUGCCCACUUCGCGACACACACGUAAGUAUGAAAAGACGGGUAGGUCACACACUCAUUCACACAGACACACAGACGCCUAGCUAGACACACGCACACGCA